AUGAGGUCUCUCGCUAUUACCUAUCUACUUGUCCUCUCUCAAGUAUGCCCGUCUAUAAGCUUCGCCUUCAGAGCGGUAUUUCCUCCCGUAACCUCAGCCCCUUUCCCGGCACAACCCAGCAAUAACAUUGAGCAACGGGCCAUCAGUACAGAACUCUCGACAUGCGGCUAUCUAAAUGGUGACCCGGGCAAGAAAAGGACUGCAGACUCAGGGUAUAACUGUCGUGUCGAUACUAAGAACGGACUAUGGGGGUUCUGUCCUACAACAGUCCUUACCGCUUCGGAUUGCGGGUUGGCUGGGAGUUGUGUAGAUAGUCACGACUGCUCUGACGGAUGUGGCAUGACUGACAGUGAGGACUUAACUACGUUUACCUGCGGCCGCAAAUCCUUUUGCUCUAUGGCCCUCUUGACCUUCGGCGUUGACCAGACAUAUUCUUAUAUCGCCUGUGGCACCAAAGCGGCUACUGACCAUUACUACAUAACUCCAACCAUGAGUGUGACAACAACGUCCGAGUCCACAGCGUCCGAGUCUACAGAAUCCACUACAUCACAAACACAGACAUCAUCAGCUGACCCCAGCAAGACGACAUCGAGCAACACUGGGACUGCACCGACUACUUCCGUAGAAGUAAGCAGCACUUCUUCAGACAAGGGUCCUCCUGAAGGCUCUUCAAACAAUCUCGGCCCUAUCAUCGGAGGGGUCAUUGGGGGACUGGUGGUCAUCUGUGGCACCAUAAUCACCGCCAUUUUUCUGCUUCGAAGAAACCGUAGGAAAGACGAGGAAGGGGAUAGAACGGAAUUGCAUAACUCUAAGAAUUCCCCCCCGUUUGGUUUACUGAGCCAAGUUAAGGAACCACAGGAGUUGGAUGGUUCGAACAUACAGGAGAUGCCGGCAAAUGAUCAUAAUAUUCGUCGCGGUCCAAUAGAGUUGGCUGCCUGA